AUGAAUAGACAUCUACAUGAAUUUGAUGUAUUGCCUACAAAUUUUUCACUUGAUGAUUUAGAAGAUGAAGCAAGAGAAAUUACAUUAGAAAAAAACAUCAUUGUGUCUGAUGACGAUUUGAUUCCCAUAUUGAAACUAAACACAGAACAAAAGAAUGUGUUCAAUAUAAUUAUUGAAAAAGUAAAUUCAAAUGAAGGUAGAGCAUUUUUCAUUGAUCGACCAGGAGGCAUAGGAAAGACUUUUUUGUAUAGAGCAUUGUUAGCUAAAAUUAGAUUAGAAGGGAACAUAGCUCUAGCUACUGCAACAUCUAGUAUUGUUGCAUCAUUACUCCCUGCAGGAAGAAUUGCUCAUUCCCGUUUGAAGAUCCCACUUGAUUUGGCUGAAGGAACAACCUAUAUAAUUAUUAAAUAA